AAUUAGUUCUCGGGAAUCUGAGGGCAGGGGCGACGAGUACAAGAUGCCGAUAUACCUUGAACCUGAGGGCUCAGGAAUAGCUGCAAGAGCGAUGACGAUGGUGAAGAAUGGUUGCCGACCAGGUUGUCGAGCAGGUGGAAACCUGGGCAAACGGGCACCGCUCAGCUUCCAAGUUGAAUCUCAGUUGUUUUAGUAGUAUCCCUCACGGGCCGAGGCCAAUCGAGCCCAUUCCAUCUAUACGUUGAACGCAUUUAGCCUUAUCUUGUUUGGAUGAAGGCAACCCUGGCAGCUUUGCGCUUCACUGACGCCGGCUUACCUAUGCCUUCUCAAGAUCCAUCAUCGACUUCUGCUCAGUAGCUUCAAGCUUUUCUUUUCCAGUGUUCACGAUCGAAUAGCUCAAAUCGUUGCGACAUGGGUGGCUCGAUGUUCUCCUCGGGUAACGAUCCUCUACACACUCCACGCAUGCCGCCCCAUAUCUACCAUCAUGUCAAAGCCGCAUGCCACGCUACCCUACGCACUAUGUUUGUGUGCGUCGCCGGACCCGUCGAGGGCCCCGAGAAAGAGGACUAUGGAGACCUCGACAUCCUCGUGGCCAUGGAGACCCGCCUCGUCUUUCCAACAUCUCCCCGGCGUUGUAUUCCCAGAGGGGUGGAGGAGCUUGCGGCCGACAUCAAGGCAGCCUUGAACGCGGAGCGCUCCAUAGUCAACCCAUGUAAUAAUUCGAUACACCUUGCUAUCCCCUGGCCCAAAGACGAACCCCAGCUUGGAGAGGACAGGCAACGACACAUCCAGGUCGAUAUCUGCAUCUGUAAGAACAUGGACCAGAUGUUUUGGGCACUCUUCAAAAGCGCACAUGGCGAUGCGUGGACUCUUUUAGGGUCCAUGAUCCGGCCUUUUGGUCUGACUGCUGACGAUGAAGGCCUUUGGCUUCGGAUUCCCGAGAUUGAGAAGCUCGACCGAAAAAAGUCCAGGGUGCUACUAACUACCGAUCCCGUUGAAGUACUGCAUUUUCUCGGAAUGCAGGUGGAAGGAUAUUGGUCCGAGCCGUUUCCCACGGUUGACGCAAUGUUCAACUACAUUGCCACCUGCCGCUUUUUCACCGUCAACGAAUCCUCAUCCGGUCCUCCUCAGGAUAACAGCAGCACAAAAAGGAACUUGAAGACCCGCCCCAUCUUCCGGAAGUGGUUCUACGACUUUCUUCCUCGCCUUCGAGCUGAUGACCGGUUUGAACAACAAUGCCAAAGUGUGUCUGGUAUCAAUGACCUCCGGGUCCACGUUCGAGAUGAAGCCUUCCGGGCCUUCAACGUUGAGCCCAUUUACUGGGCCCAGUUAAAGGACUGGCGACUGAAAAAAGAGCCCGAGGCAGUAAAGAACCUGAUCAAAUCGGCAAUUCCAAACGACCUCGACCCCCAAUAUAGAGGCAGCCUGUUGAGUGCUAUCAAGAAGAUUAUCAUGGAGGAUAACAGAGAACUUGGCUGGCUGAGACCCAUUUCACUCCGCGACGACGAAGGCUUUUACGACAAGGAUAUGACGCGGGCCUUUGUGGAGGAAAACUGGGAGGCCAUAGGCAAAGUUGCUUUCAAGAAAUACAGCGAUGCGUAUUAUGCAGGGCUGCAAUCGAAAAAGCUCAAGAAUGCCCACGGGACUGCAAUCCAAUCGCAAUAAUACCGGCGCGAUCUUGGCAUUGAGGGGUAGGAGAAAAAGGCAGUGUUCAGGCGUCCGCUGCCCAGCGGUGACCACGUUCUCCAAAAGUCGUCUCAGUUGUCUUGACCUCUAUAAGGGGGACGCUGGUUGCAGGCUUGGCCUAGCACAGCAACUAUUGUUCUUCUCGGCGCCACUGCUUACUCGCGUCCGCGCAGCAUCGCGUUCCUUACCAUUGCUAUGUAUACAAUGUGCCAAUGUAUUAGAUUUAUGCUGGUU